CCGCCUCGGUGAGGAUGGCAGUUCGGCCCCCAGGCUUCUUUCCUCAGGACUACAGGAGCGUCGGACUGCAGCCCGAACCGAACCAGCCAGAACACUUUAGGACCCACUUUGCUUCCGAAACAAGCGACUUUUAUUGCAGCGGUUCGGAAACUUGGUGUUGGAAUAACUCAUGAGACUGGGAGCCCCAGAGCGCCGCAGUGAGGAGCCAACUGUAGUCGGUUCAUCCUAAUCCUGCGAUGCCAGACGAACUCAACAAGGACGCAAUGAAGACGCCAGCGACCUCUGAGAAGCCCAAAGCCACCGAGCAACCACCAGUCGCCAUGACGACGUUGAACAUCCCCCUGGUGAACGAGGUCCAGCUGACGGCAGCCACCGGCGGCGCGGAGCUCUCCUGCUACCGCUGCACCGUCCCGUUCGGCGUGGUGGUCCUCAUCGCCGGCAUCGUGGUCACCGCCGUGGCGUACAGCUUCAACUCGCACGGAUCCACCAUCUCCUACUUCGGGUUGGUGCUGCUGUCGGCCGGGCUGGUGCUGCUGGCGUCCAGCGCCGUCUGCUGGAAGGUGCGGCUGGAGCGGAAGAAGGAGAGGCGGCGGGAGAGUCAAACCGCCCUGGUCAUCAACCGGAGGAGCAUUUUCACAUGAACCCGCCAAACUCUCUGGGACGUUAUCAGGCAUCAUCGCAGCGUUUCCGACCUGCAAAAGCUCCGACGCUGCGGGCUUUGAAGACACUGGCAGGGGUUUAUUUGUCAAACUGACGACGAGCAUCUGGAGUGCUGGGAACGCAGCCAGGAGAAACGAAUCCCAAUUAAACUGAAUUACCACUGUGCACAGCGGUGGAGAGGAAGUCCUGCAUUAAUCCGCUGCUGCGGGUGGCGGCUGAUUGCAACAGGAAGGAUUGUGGGAAAAGAAAAAACAGCCCAGGAUGGAGGACGGAAACGGGAAAAUCCAGAAUCAUAAUAAUGUACAUGAUAUUCUGGAGAAAACUAUUUAACCUUCCAUGUAUUUUCUCCUGAAGAACUUUAAUCCUCCACAUCGUUUUUGAUAAUAAACUUUAUGUAGCAAAGUUUGAGCUUAUCUUCAUGGUCUACUAUGUAAACUCUUGAAGUUACUGCAUGUAUAACAAGAUGAGUUUCAAUAAAGCCACUGAUUCUCCAA